CAAUACCCUCACCUUCCAAUAUGGAUCAUGUGUAAUCCAUGUCAAAGCAGCUUCACAAAAUGCAUUCGUUAGCUCUGAGUGUUCGCCUGUAUUUACUUCUCGACAGCAAUUAACACAAACGUCAAAUACCGAAGCCUUAUUUGCCGUCUGUACCACUGAGUCAUUACAAAAAGAAGAUAUAAAGUCAAGUUCCGAAGAAAAAGCCAUAUAUACUGAAUUUGCUGAUGUAUUCCCGAACGAAUUACCAGACAAGUUGCCACCCAGUCGAAGCAUCGAUCAUGCUAUUGAAUUAACCCCUGGAGUAGAACCGCCAUCUAAACCCACGUAUAAACUCUCUUAUGUCGAGAUGAAUGAGUUAAAGAAACAACUCACUGACCUCCUGACUAAAGGAUUUAUCAGACCGAGUAUGUUGCCCUUUGGCACACCUGUGUUAUUUGUACACAAGAAAAACGGAACAUUACAUCCUUGUGCAGACCAUAGAGCAUUGAACAAAGUAACUAUUAAGAAUCAAUACCCCUUACCACGCAAUGAGGAACUUGUGGAUCACUUAGUUGGAAGUAAAUACUUCAGUAAGAUCGACUCAUACUCUGGCUAUCAACAAAUCCGAAUAAAACAAGAAGACAUUCCAAAAACUGCUUUUCGUACAAGAUACGGUCACUAUGAGCUUCUUGUUUUACCUUGCGGUCUCACUAAUGCUCCCGCAAUCUUCAUGACACUUAUGAACAUUCGAAAGCAUCAACUAUAUAUGCUAUGCGAAUUAUUUUGUAAGAAGGUAGAAUAUAUUGAACAAUCCAUAUCUGAAGAAAGUAUUACAAUCAACCCAAGAAAAGUUAAUGUGAUCAGAAAUUGGUCUACACCUACCAAUACAUCUGGAAUAAGAUCAUUUCUGGAGCUUGCCAGUUAUUAUCGAAAAUUCAUAUCAGGUUUUUCAGCGAUUGCACCACCAUUAACUGCACUCCUUCAUAAAGGCCAACCAUUUGGCUGGACAUCUAUUAUACACAAAGCAUUCGACACACUGAAAAGAAAAUUAUCCACUACUCCUGUACUAUUAAUACCUGAUCCAACAAAACCUUUCACUCUCGCUACAGAUGCCUUCGAUUUUGCUAUUGGAGCAGUGUUAACUCAAGAUCAUGAAAAAGGUAAACAAUCUGUCACUUAUGAGUCAAGAAAGUUAUCAGCAGCUGAACAGAAUUACACCACCCAUGAAAAAGGAUUAUUAGCUAUUCUUCAUGUUAUAAGAUUAUGGUGCACGUAUCUAGAAGGACAACAGUUUACUGUCAUAACGGAUCAUGCCUCUCUCACAUAUAUCAAGACACAAUCUAACCUCUCAAAUACUCAUACUAAGCAUUUUGAAAUACAAGAAAACGGCUAUACCUCAAAGGUACGCAACGAAUGGCGGCACCAUCAAAUAAGUAAAUUCAAAUGCACAUAUUACAUGAACAUCAUGAUACAAAUAUCUCGGGACAUUUGGGAAUUGAUAAAAACCGCAGAAGCCAUUAUGCGUAAUUUCUACUGGCCAAAAAUGGAAAUGACACUCGAAAAUAUGUGCAGACAUGUGACACCUGUCAACGGAAUAUGA